UGUAUUCGUAAUUACUCGGCGAAUUGCGAUUUAAAAAAACGGCAAGGCAAGAUCGCUCGGUCGGGAAGUAUAAUGUGGCUUUUCGCAUUCGAUCGAUACAAUAGAAUAUACAGUUACGCCCACAUUGGAAGACCGAAAUUCUAAACGUGAACGUUUGAAAUGGGUGUUAUGGUGCGCCAAUGCCAUGGAAGAAAAAGUUCGAUCUAUUUUUUUGCCAUUGGUGGUUAAAUUGCAAAUUGCGAAUAACAACUUUUCAAAAAUAAUCGUAACAUUCAUUUUUGAUAUAAUCAUAACGCCUGAGCCCUAAACGGUCGUUACCAAUAAAUUCCACAAUAAAUUUUUUUAGUGAAUGUUUCAAUUUUUAAAUAAUAAAUAAUUUUUUUGUUUAAUAGAGACUAUGAUCUAUAUAUGACGUCAUACAAAACGUAUGACGAGGUCAUUAAACCAUCGGUUUCGUGCAAUUCGGUUAAUCAGUUCAAUUCUGUGGUUCGUGGUUAAAAGUUAACCUUAAAAAGAUUUUGCAUUGUUGUGUUAUUGGAUAUAAAAGUGUUGAGUAAGAUACUUUAAAAGGACUUUAAAUAAAUAUUUCAUAAUAAAAAUAAUUGACCAAUACAUCAUGGAACAGAAUAAAGCCAAAGUGGACCAAGCAUGUCGCAUAGCGGAAGAGUUCACGAAAAUAUAUUACGAAACUGUCGACAAACGAAGACACCUCAUGUCAAAGUUGUAUCUAGAAACAGGAUUGUUGUCAUGGAACGGCAAUGGGAUCAAAGGAAACGAUAGGAUACAAAAAUUUUUAAUGGAGCUGCCCCCUUCCGACCAUAAUACAGUUACUCUGGACGCCCAACCUGUUCUAGAUUCGGCCGUUAGUGGGCAGCUAACAUUCAUAAUACAAACCAGUGGCACAGUGAAGUACCAGGACAAAACCCCAAAAACAUUUCAGCAAAAUUUUGUGGUUACAGCCCAAGGGGAUAAGUGGAAAAUCGUUACAGACUGUUUUAGAAUACAAGAGCCAUUGAACAAAUAAUAAUAAACA